AUGUUGUCGGCGCCUUUGCAACAGGCUACAGGACGAUUGUGUCGGAGUUUAGUGACCACUCAAUACGCGUCAAAAGUUGGUUGGCUGAUGACGCGCUUCUUUGUCACGCAGGCGCCAGGCAGCACACUGGUUGAGCAAAUAUCGGUGAACGCCAUCUGGUUCCACGAGGCAAGACACGAUGAGCAAGAUGCACCCUUGAUGAUUUGGUUCCAGGGAGGCCCGGGCGGCAGUUCUCUGCAUGGCAUGCUUUACGAGAAUGGACCCUGCCUAAGCGAUGGUGCCAACGGGACCGAGUUUAACCCUAAUUCGUGGACGGAACACUUCAAUAUCAUCUACCUCGACCAGCCUGCUGGUGUCGGGUUCUCUUAUGUGGAUGAUUAUUCCGACAAGACAUCAUAUCCCUCCCGCGCCGAAGAGUCUGCUGUCGAUGUUAUCAGCUUCAUAAAGCUCUUCUACGAGGCUUUCCCCGACUUCGCUGACGCCGACCUGCACCUGGCGGGAGAAUCAUAUGCCGGAAGAUACAUCCCGUCAAUUGCAUCGACAAUACUUGAGUACAAUGACUUUCUGACUUCAGCGCCUGAUAUCAAGGCAGCUCUGGCCACCAUACCCUUGAGGUCGUUGAUGCUCGGCAACCCAUGGAUUAGCCCCGCCGAGCAACUAGUCUCGAUCUGUUGA